CCCGGGGAGCAUGAUGAUUCCCAGGCAUAUUCCUACAGCAAAUACCUUCGGUCUACAGCAAAGGUUUUCAUCUGUAUGUAUGUACAACUUUCGGAAGAUAAAGGAGAAAUUUGUAUUUAUGCUUGCCGCUCAAUCUUUACGAUAUUUCGCACCUGUAAAGGGUUUCUCACGUGGACGCGCGUGAAACGUAAGAAUUUUGUCACUUGGGGUUAAGCGUGAAUAUUAUUCACGAAAUGGAUUACGUGAAAAACUAACGUGCGAAUAAAUGUGAAGAUAUUUUUCACAAUGAAAUUAGUGGGAAACAUUUUCACGCGUGUCCGCAAGUGAUAUUUUUUUCGGAAAUUUUAACAUGAGAAAUUCACUUGUGGCCACUACACACUUCACGACUUUCACCUGUGAUCGCGUGCAAAAAAUAUGACGCGAAACGUUUUCGUGACCAGUUCACCCGUUGUCACAAGUGGAAUAUAUUUUUCACGCGUGCUCACACACCAUUGUACGAUGUUCACGUGGGAUCACAAUUCAUUUCACGAUAUUCACGCGUGUACACACCGCGGUAAAAUUUCCCCAUGGGAGGCGUAUAUUUGAAGUAAUGAUGAUCAUUGUAGAUUUAAGAAUUACAUCGUAGUUCAUGCAGAUGUGAAUCCCGUCAAUACUGUUUCUUUGUUCGACGCACGAAGAGAGGUUUUCGUUUCUAUUUGCUUGCUCUCUAACCUUCUUAUUUCAUUUUAUAUUCAUGCUACUUAGUCGCUCGUUGUCAUUGAAAAUACUCACUAGUAGUGAGUAGCUGAAUUAUAUAUAGUGAGUCACUACUACCCCUUCAUCUGAGAAAAAAACGAUGAAUUUAGAGCUCUUCCAUUGUUUCAAGAACUUAAUCUAUUCAUCUUAUAAAGUUCUGAGAGUUUUAAGCGUUCUUUACUUAAUAGAAAAUAGAGAGGACGUCGCAUCAAGGGCCAAAAGUAGGCGUUUAGGACAUGCAAGAAUUUUCAUUUCAGGUAAAUGGUGAAGAGCUGGGGCUUUCUUUUUUGUGCAGUAAACACCUAUGGGUAGGAGUUGACACAGUCCGAUUUUUGAAUUUUUUCAUUUACUGAUCUCUCGUACUUAAUAGAAUUUUAAAACCAGAAAAAUCCUUAGAGGAUUUCUUAGAAAUCCCCAUUUUUAUAAAAAAUGGAAGCAUAAUUUAAAAAUCGGACUCUGUCGGAUCCUAGCUAUAGGCGUUAUCUACAAAUCAAAAAAAGAAUUUUCUUUCUCCGAUGUAUCGUUACCCAGAAAUCCUACAAGUGACGAAAGUCCUGAAGUUAAAAACGGUGUUGAGAAAAACGCAAAAUAAAUUUUGAUUCUGUUAAAUGCGUUUUAUUUAAAAACUGUUUGAGCGUUAAAUAAUUUGUUGAUACUUCGCAAAGUAUCAACUUAAAAAGUUUUGGCUAUCCGACCAUGUGCUUUUCUCAAAAUCGAUACUUUUGACGAAAAUCGGCAUUUCUGAUCCGGAGAGGAGACUUUAAAUUGAUUAAUUGAUUGAUAAAGUUCUCUUUUUUCGAGCAGACACUGAACGGUUUACAGUAAAAAGUACUUUCACAAAAAGUCACUCUAAUCUUUGAUAUGUAUAACAAAAUACAAAACACCUAAAUAGUCACUUUUUUCAUUGAUCCAAAAUUAUGUGUACGAUCGAGUAAAUUGUUUCAUAUUUGUUCAUAGAUCAAAGACAAACAAAAAAAUGUAGUUAGAUAUAAAAUGGGUUCAACUACAUUCUAAAUCAAAAAUUUCUUCAGAAGCUAUGGAUGUUAUCUGGUUUAAAAACUUGUUUUGAUGUGCUUAGUUUUGAACAAUCCAAAUAUCUCAGAAUAGAACGAAAAUCAAAUGGAAAUUAUUUGAAUAUUUCAUUCGAGAAUUUAAAAUUAAUCAAAUCAGCAUAAUUUUAAUUUCAAGCGAUGUCAAAUUCAUGCCAAAUAUUUAUGUGUUGCUGAAGAUCUGUGAGAGCAACCACUGUUUUUUCACAAAUUGAAUGCAUAAUUAUGAGCGCAUCUGUAUGCAGAAUACAACGAGUAAAAAAAGAUUAUUUUUUCAAAAAUGGAAUUUGUUGCAAGAAAUGUAACAAUUUACUUUUAACGUGAAAAUAGCAAUUACGAAUAUUUCGAGUGCAAAAAAAAGCAUAGUGAAAAUAACAAAACUUUUUGUCGUUUUUAACGUCACAUGUGACAUUUGAGCUAAACAGUUCCGGCACAGCAAGCAGCAAAAACGCGCGAAAAAUGACUACUAGUACGUUUUUGCUAGUUCGUUCUCACAUUAACUGUGAAUUAUCUCAGUCAUCAGCUCAGGCACUCCAUUCUCUCUAAUAAAUAUUAUACUUUUCGCAACGCGUUACAAUACUAGACUUCUCAUUUACAGUACCCUGUACUUGUAAUAGUUUAACCAAAUAGUUUUGCCUACUUUCUCAGAUUAACAAUUAUUUUUGAAGUCAAUCCCUCAAACUAUUCAAAGCUCGAAUCACUUAAGGUCUUUUUAUCUUGUUCAUUUAGAAUAUUAGACAAAUCAUGCUGUCUGUCUAAUGAUUAGUAAUCAGAUAUUCUUUAGUUAAUUGAGUCAAAUACGUGGCUCGAUUAGCAGCGAGAUCGAUGUUGUCAAAAUUAUUUUGUAAGAGAAAACAGCGUCAAUUAUUCUCCUACUCCAUCGGUGCUUUCCUCUUCCUAACUUGUCUACUCAUCUCAGAUACCAUAUCCACGCAAAGUCGACUAUUUCUUAUUAAUAUCUAUGAUAAAUUUAAACUGUUUCCUCUCAAAAGCUUACCACUUGAAAAGUACAUUCGUGUUCAUAUAUUACCAUCCUCACAUGUCAAUAUUUGUAAGAGAGAUGAUCAAUUACUAAUUUAUGUUUUAUCAACAUUGCAAAAUAUUCGUCAACGACAUUAUAUUCGAAAAACAUGGGCAAAUAUGACACACCAUUCAAAUUUAUCAAAAACAUGUUGCAUAUUUAUUAUUGGAACUGCAUCUUCUGACUUAGUUGAUUCUUGGAGCUAUCAAAGACAUCUUGACAAUGAAAAACAACUGUAUAACGAUGUUGUUCAAAUAAAUCAUAGUGAAUCGUAUCGAAACGUUGUUUAUAAAGAAAUAGCCGCUCUACAAUGGUCCUAUAAAUACUAUCGUGCUAUACCAUUUCUAUUCAAAACCGAUGACGAUCUAAUUGUCGACAGUAUUCUUCUCUCAUCUAUCAUUCAUUCACUAAUACGACAAGAUAUGAAAAACACAUAUGUGGACAAAUACCGUCCUUAUUUUAUGACAAAUCUUGUGCCAUUUAAUCAAAAAAGCUUUUUCAAAGGAUGGGAAAUGGAUCGGCAACCAGUACAGCAUACCGGAUUCGGAGUUGUCAUGUCAUCCACUGUUCGUAAUCGUCUCUAUCGCGCAUCCCUGUUCUAUGAAACCGAAUCUGUAGUAUGGGUUGGUGACGUGUUUGUAUCGGGAUUUCUAGGUAGAACAGCUCGAGUUCAAUGCAGGAACUUAGGACUCGAUUACGAACAAACAGCAAGUGGAAACUGUUCGUGCCUGAUGAAACAAAAUCCAAUGUUGACCAUAUGUUCAACGAUGAUCCAUUCGGGAAUAGAAAACUAUAAUGAAUAUGAAGCAACCUGGAAAGUUAUUUUACAGCGACAUCAGAGCGGGAAGACAAAUGAAACAGAGGAUGCGAGCACGGAUAAUCCAUUACCUGAAUUUUUAGACCAUACAUUUGCAUAUUCAACAUGGAAAACGAAAGAGCAGCAUUACUAG